AUGUAAAGAAACAGAAAAAGCAUCACUGUUGUAGAACACUGACACAGAAUUGCUUGCUGUGUUAAUGUAAAAUCUGAUAAUGUCUUCGACAGAAACAAAGCUUACACAAAAUACCUCACCUUCCCAGGUUUUUCAGUUCUUGAAUGCAAAAUGUGAGUCUGCAUUCCUUUCCAAGAGAAACCCCCGCCAGAUCAACUGGACUGUUCUGUAUAGGCGUAAACACAAGAAGGGACAGUCAGAAGAGGUACAGAAGAAGCGCACACGCCGUGCUGUUAAGUUCCAGAGAGCUAUCACUGGUGCAUCUCUAGCUGAGAUCAUGGCUAAACGAAACCAGAAGCCCGAAGUACGAAAGGCACAGAGGGAACAAGCUAUUAGGGCUGCAAAAGAAGCCAAGAAAGCUAAACAGGCAACCAAGAAAACGGCUGUUACUGCUGCAAAGGCUCCUACAAAGGCAGCACCUAAGCAGAAGAUUGUGAAACCAGUCAAGGUUUCUGCUCCCCGUGUUGGUGGAAAGCGCUAACUUGCCAGGUUGUUAGUCAUGCUGAAUAAACAUGUGACUAAGUUUCA